AUGAUAUCCAAGAUAUCCCAACCGUGGUGGAAAGAAGCUACAAUCUACCAAGUGUAUCCAGCAAGCUUCAAGGACUCGAACAACGAUGGAUGGGGUGACAUACCAGGUCUUGUCUCCAAGAUUGACUAUCUUCAUGACCUUGGAGUGGACGUCGUGUGGCUGUCACCGAUGUUCGACAGCCCUCAAGCUGAUAUGGGAUAUGACAUAUCCGAUUAUCAAAAAGUAUACGCUCGUUAUGGAACAGUUCAGGAUGUCGACAGGUUGAUUGAGGCCUGCCACUCGAGAGGCAUGAAACUGAUACUGGAUCUGGUGGUCAACCACACUUCCAACGAGCAUGAAUGGUUCACGGAGUCCAGGUCAUCGAGAGAUAAUCCAAAAAGAGAUUGGUAUAUCUGGAAACCAGCGCGAUAUGGCGCGAAUGGGAAUCGGAGGCCACCGACCAACUGGCGCAGUUAUUUUGCUGGUGGAACAUGGACCUGGGAUGAAACCACGCAAGAAUACUAUCUGCAUCUUUACGCACCCGAUCAGCCGGACCUGAAUUGGGAGAGUGAAGCCUGUCGACAGGCAAUUUACGACAAUGCAAUGCGAUUCUGGCUCGACCGAGGCGUUGACGGCUUCAGAAUCGAUACCGUGAACAAAUAUAGCAAACGUACAGACUUCGUGGAUGCGAAAGUGACAGAUCCCGAGAGUGAGUGGCAACCGGCACCGGAGAUGUGGUGUAAUGGACCCAGGAUACAUGAAUUCCUGAAGGAAAUGAAUUCCGAGGUUCUUGAUCACUACAACGCGGUUACCGUGGGUGAGCUGUCCAACACCCCGGACCCGAAAGGAGUUUUGGAGUAUGUGAGCGCUCAAGAAAAUGAACUGGACAUGGUCUUCCAGUUCGAUAUGAUUCGACUAGGCACCGGAGACGGGUUUGGCCGCAAGUAUGACUUCAAACCAUGGAAAUUGACUGAGAUGAAGACAUUUGUGGAGCGCUGGCAGAAGUUUAUCGAAGGCACCGAUGGCUGGACGACCGUAUUUUGUGAGAAUCACGACAAUGGCAGAGCCGUCUCGAGAUUCGGAAACGACACAACACCAUACUGGGAAACAUCAGCCAAAAUGAUUGCCCUUUGGCAAACGACUCUCACCGGUACCCUUUUCCUCUAUCAAGGUCAAGAAAUCGGAAUGACGAACAUGCCGAAAAAUUGGUCCAUUGACGAGUAUAAGGAUAUCGAAAGCAACAACUUCUAUCGCGAAGCAGAGCGGAGUGUCGAUCCCAGACGAAAGGACAAGGUGAUGGAAGGUCUUCAGAUUCUUGCCCGAGAUCAUUCCCGGCUGCCGUUCCAGUGGGAUAACACGGCGCAUGGAGGAUUCACCUCAGCUGAAGCCACACCGUGGAUGAGAGCACAUGACAGCUAUCCAAGGAUAAAUGUCGCAGAGCAAACCAACAAUUCAAAGAGCACACUCUCUUUUUACAGGCGGAUGCUAAGACUGCGCAAGAGUCAUGCUGACGUUUUCGUUCAUGGCGCUUUCGAUCUCGUUGACGGAGACAACGAGAGGAUCUUCAGCUACGUGAAAACCAGUCCGGAUGGAAAAAGGCGGGCAAUUGUGAUUUUGAAUUUCACGUCGGAAGAGCUUCCAAUUCCUGACAAGGUGAAGGAUGUGCGAGCCACCAUGCAAGGUCGCGUCUUUAUCUCCACCAACGCUCGUGAAUGCAGACAGGCAGAUAUUUUGGACGCAUAUGAAGGGAGAGUGUACGUUGAUUUCUAG